CACCCAUCCCGCCACAAUGGGCAAGAAGACAGACAAGCUCUACAUCACCGCCACCGAGCACUCGGGCGUGUAUGGCCAGCACGGCGCCAACAGCGGCGCACACGCCGCCGCCGCGCACGACGGCAUGCGCGCGCUGCCGUUUGACUGCUGCGCGCUGAGCCUGGGCCACUGGACGAACCCCGUCUGCGUGCGCGGCGAGGGCACCAUCUUCGAGCUCACGCGCAUCAUCCCGUACCUGCAGCAGUACGGCACCAACCCCGCCACGGGCGCGCCGCUCGAGAUGAAGGACCUCGUGCGCCUCAAGUUCCACAAGAACGAGGAGGGCAAGUGGCACGACCCCGUCAGCUUCAAGCUCUUCAACGAGCACACGCACAUCGUCGCGCUCGAGCCGUCGGGUAACGUCUUCACGCACGACACCGUGCAGCAGCUCAACGUCAAGGCCAAGUUCAUGCGCGACCUCGUCGACGACACGCCGUUCAAGAAGAGCGACAUCCUCACGCUGCAGGACCCGCAUGCGCUCGGCGGGCCCAAGCCGCUCUCCCAGAUGCACCACAUCAAGGAGGGCCACGUCGUGCCGCAGCCAAAGACAGCCGCUGAGGCCGAGGAGGUGAACCUCUCGGCGACGGGCGGCGCAUCGAAGCUUGUGGCGCAGCUCAAGGCGCAGCGCGAGGAGCGCGAGGCGAAGCGCGAUGGCGAGGUGGCAGCCGCACCCGCGCCCGCGUCCUCUGCAGCGGCGUCGGGCGGCAAGGCGAAGGUGCCGUACAACGCCGGCGUGGGAAGCUCGGGCAUGAUGGCCGCCAGCUUCACGAGCAGCGGCAUGACGCCGCAGACGCGCAGCGAGCGGCAGACGAUCAACGAGGAGGAGUUCAUGCUCGAGCAGGUCGCGGCCGGCGAGGGCAUGGGCGCGCGCAAGGGCAAGAAGAAGGGCAAUGCGCGCGCCUUUGUGCGGAUAUCGACCAACUUUGGCCCCCUCAACGUCGAGCUGUACUGCGACAAGGCACCACGGACGUGCUACAAUUUCCUGACGCUCGCGGCGCGCGGCUACUACAACGACACGGUCUUCCACCGGCUGAUACCCAAUUUCAUGGUGCAAGGCGGCGACCCGACGGGCACGGGCCGUGGCGGCGAGAGCAUGUGGGGCAAGCCGUUCAGCGACGAGCUGGAUGCGCCGGGCGCGCUGCGGCACGACCAGCGCGGCUCGCUGAGCAUGGCAAACCGCGGCCCGAGCACGAACGGCAGCCAGUUCUUCUUCACCUUCCGUGACAAGAUCUCAAGCCUGGAUACCAAGCACACCGUGUUCGGCCGACUUCUAGCCGAGGAAGGCGAAGAGGGCGGCGAGACGACCCUCGACCGCAUUGAAAAGGUGCCGACAGAGCCGGGCACCGACCGGCCACUGCGAUCUGUGCGCAUUCUGGAGGUGCGGUGUCUCGACGACCCCUUCGAGGCGUACAAGGCAGAGCUUGCGCGCGUCGAGUCGAGAGGCAGCGCCGAGGAGAUCGCACGACGCGAGGCAAAGCGGAGGAGGCGCGAAGAGGACCGCACGACCUGGCUCGGCACACAGCUCGGCGCCAAGGACGCAGCGCGAGAAGACGCCCUCGCAGACGCCGCCGCGCGCGAGAAGCUCGGCGCCGCAGCGGGCGUGGGCAAGUAUCUCGGCGCGGCGCCUGCUGCUCGUGGCGUGGGCGUGGGCGCUGGCGCCAAGCGCAGCGCCGAAGCUUCGCUGCCUGCCGAGCCGGCGCCGGGCUCAGACAAGCGCAAGAAGCAGCGCGGCUUUGGCGACUUCUCUGCGUGGUAGGGCGGACAAUGCGCAUGGGUGCAGCAGCA